AUGGAGACCGAUGUGCGCUACAGCUUUCUUGACGUACUCGACCAUCUGCCAUGCGACGUGAUACGAAGUCUCUGGACGAUUCAAGGUCUGGAACUGCGACAGGACGAGUCUCGGGAGUUUGACGAUCAAGAAGCUCUCAAAGAGGCUCAACACAUCGAACAACUGAUUGCACAGCACAGAACGCAAUUGCAAGCGCGUAUCGAAGAUAUGAAAGCUUUUUCUGCGAUAAAAGCGCGUCAAGAGGCCCGUCAAGCUGCGGUAGAAGUGCGUACCAAGAGCAGCAAGAACCCAAAGCGUGCUGCGGAGAAUCUGGUCGUGCACGAGCCCGUCGCGACCAAUCCACUUAAAAUCAAAAUCAAUUUACGGCUACGCAGACAGGAGGAAUCGGUAUACUGUUUCUGUCGGGACGUUUCGUAUGGUCCCAUGAUCGCAUGCGAUAACGACAAUUGUCCGACGGAAUGGUUUCAUUACGAGUGUGUUGGUAUCACGAAACCUCCCAAAGGUAACGAGAAAUGGUUCUGCAGUGACAAAUGCCGGAAAACAGCCACCAGAAGGCCGUAA